AUGAAAGGACUUCUCAUACUCGCUUCUCUGGCAGUCGCUGUGACUGCAGCACCCCAGAGUGGGAAUAGUAACAGUGACUGCGCCCAGUGGUGUGCAGCAAACUUCCCUCAGCCUGGUAGUUGUACCUCUCAGGCUACUCAAAAUAAAGGACCAUGCUAUGAUUGUGGCCCGGGUAAAAGUCCGCCCGGAGCCAAUUUGAUGACAGAUCCAAAAAACUGCGGAGCUUGUGGAAACCCCUGCACUGGAGGUGGAUCUUGCGUCGCUGGCAAAUGCCAGACUCAGAACCAGUGUUCUGACGGUCAGAAUAAUUGCGCUGGCCAAUGCGUUAACACAAUGACCGAUGUCAACAACUGUGGCACAUGCGGAACCAAGUGCAGUAAUGGCCAAACCUGCAGCAACGGGAAAUGCCAGACUCAGAACCAGUGUUCUGGGGGUCAGAAUAAUUGCGCUGGCCAAUGUGUUAACACAAUGACCGAUGUCAACAACUGUGGCACGUGCGGAACCAAGUGCGACACAGGUGCAACUUGCAGCAAUGGUUGGUGUCAGACCCCAACCUGCACUGAUGGGAAGACGAAGUGCCCCACUGGGCACCCUGGACCCUUAUCAUUGAUUAAUGUUUUUGACUUGUGUGUACGAGACUUAGUCGCCAUGCUUCUGAAUCUUGCUUUUGAAACUACCUGCUGGUAAUUUUCUCUUCUCUUUCUGACGCCGUGGUUUUUGUGGACUAUUCGGGCGUUCCGCUGGAGUUGGUGGCUUCUCAUACUGUGCUCACUCG